AUGGCUGAAAAUAAUGAGCAAUCUCAGCAGCCUCUUUUCAUGCAGAAUAUGACGGUUGAUUGGGGAAGAUUCCAAGGGCUUGAAAAUUUUCAAUAUCCUAAUUUUCAAGGCCCCAAUUUUCAAGGUCCGAACUUCCAAGGUGCAAACAUUCAAGGUCCCAGCUUUCAAGGCCCUAAUAUUCAAGGCCCGAAUAUUCAAGGCCCUAAUAUUCCAGGUCCUAAUAUUCAAGGUCCUAAUAUUCCAGGUCGUAAUAUCCAAGGCCCGAAUAUUCAAGGCCCUAACAUUCCAGGUCCUAAUAUUCCAGGUCCUAAUAUUCCAGGUCCUAAUAUUCCAGAUCCUAAUAUUCCAGGUCCUAAUAUUCAAGGUCCCAAUUGUCAAGACCCAGGACCUGAUAAUAAUUUACAGCCCAACAAUUUUAGGUAUCCACAGUUCAACAAUGCAUUUGGGAAUUAUAGUGGCGGCUAUGGACCACUGGGUCAAUUUAAUCCAAAUUUCCCUAUGCGGCCUCCACUUUUCGGCCCGCCGAGGUUCCCAGGUCCUCCGAUACCAUCACAGCCACCGCCACCAUUGAUGGAUGAACAACAUUCAUUCCAACCCAGGUUUCGCCCUGACUUUCCAUAUGUGAAAAAGAACCCCAUUGAUGACAAAAUGAUGAAAAUAUUAUUACGUUGCGGCCUGACCAAGGAGACUAUUCGCACAUUGCCUCGAAGUUUACUUAAGCUUUAUCAAAGUGAUAACUGUGGUCUGUGUUCACAGAAUUUAGACACAAUAAGUGUGGCACGUUUGCACUAUAUAAGCAAAAAUCAUCAGAAGAAGCAAAAAAAAUGGUUAACAUCAAGAACGGAUUUAGGAUCACAUCGCAUUAAAGAGCAGCCGCUGAAGGCGCGGGAAUUAUACUGUGAAUUAUGUGAUGUCCACAUAACAUCUAAAAUACAUUCUGAAUCACAUUACUCUGGAAAGCCACAUAGAGCAAUUGUUGAAGGCCGCAAGGUCCCGAAGAAUCCAUUUUUACUACAAAGAGGAAUGGAAGAGAGAUUGGAUUUAUUAAUACGUCGCGAAAAGAAAUUCCUCAACGUAUCAGGAGAUCAGGAACCAAAAAAGAAAGAAGUGAAAAUUGUUCAGCCAGAACUAUACUGUGAGAUUUGUGAGACGUCAGUGACAUGUAGUGAGCAGAUGGUAAUGCAUUUGAACGGUAAACGGCAUUUGGUGAAAGAAAAGCAACAUAUACUCAAAAUGAUGAAAGGUGAAAGCAAUGAAAGUAAUGAAAGUGAAAAAGAAGAUCAGUUACAACAGGGCGAGGAAGAUAAUGUCGCUUCAGAAAACGAACAAGAAAAUUGGGAGGAUUUAUAA